GCUUUCCUUUUGAAGCCAACGUCUACAAGUUUCCCUGCACAUCAGUUGACGACGUCACUUCAUAUUUCACGCAUUCUGCUCACAUGCAGUAGUUGAUCAACAAUGUGGCCCUCAAUACCCGCUUUUAGAAGCUUUAGCAACACAUCGUGUCCUGCGGGUACUAAGUGCGAGCUCCCUUACUGCAUCUUCGGCCAUGACAUUGUCAAAGCGCGUAGCACGCCUCCCACAGCAACAGCGAGCAACACGACAGACAGCGAGCCAGCUGCGAAGCGUCAGAAACUAAACGACGAUACUGCCAAGGGCGUUGCCUUACGCAGCGCGCUAGAUGUACCUACAGCGCCGAGAGCUGUAUUCACGGGCUUAUCCGCUGGCAAGGACAAGGUCAUUGUAGCAAACAAAAGAGCAGAUACCGCCACCGCAACAUCAUCAAACUCAGCAAACAAUGGGAGGAACGUCGAUGCUCUACCGCGAUCCGCGACACAGCCAGUGUCACCACCACCGAAGAUAUCAGAAGCCAAAGCUACCCUCACGCCCACGGGUCCGGUAGCUUUGUUGCCACGCAAACUGGUGAAAGAACCAGCACUCUUCACCAGACGAUUGGGCCUCCUAAAGAUGCUGCACGGGUUCAUGAAGCCACUGAAUGACAAGAUUGCGAAAGCUGUCAAGCCCGAAAUCAAAGCCUUGCACAUGGACGCAAACCAACUCAACAAGUUGGCGGUGGAUGAGGAAGAACGUAUCGCGAUAGCAAAUCCGGGCGUGUAUGAGAACGUGCUGAAGCAACGACUGCUCAAGGUCAAGAAAAUGACGCCGGAGGGAUGGGUCAAGGAGAGAUUUGACGCUUUGGCAAAAGAAAAAGGUCUACCACCGAAGAAGACCCCACCAAAGAAGGUUGAUACCGGCCUUACACCAAAGGGAGAAGUGAGUGUUCUUUCGACGCUCAUCUGUCCGCAGGAUGGCUUGGACAAGCACGGAUACGUUACGGCGCUCCCCACAACGAAGCAACUGGAGGAAGCGAGAUCAGCACAGGCAUCGGCGGACUUCUGGGAAGUGUGUGAUCGUUGCAACACGCGAUUCCAGGUCUUCCCCGAGCGCCGAGAAGAAGACGGCGCACUCACCACUGGAGGCCAGUGCACACAUCAUUGGGGCAGGAAGGUGUAUCCUAAGAGGUCGAAGAACGCCGGACCGGAACCGACUACCUACUCCUGUUGCCACGAGUCUGUUGGCUCUCCCGGGUGUACUACGUCCGACACUCACGUGUAUAAAAUCUCGGACCCAAAGCGACUUUCUUUGGUCAUGCCCUUCAUCGAGACGCUGGAAAACGACGAGGCACCAGCAGACACGGCAAUCUGCUUUGAUUGCGAGAUGGGAUACACCACGCACGGCCUCGAACUCAUGCGUCUCACAGCCAUUGCAUGGCCGACCCACAAGCCACUUGUCGACGUACUCGUUCGCCCCAUUGGCCAUCUCUUGGAUGUGAACACGCGAUUCUCCGGUAUCACGGUAGAACAGUUCCUCAGCGCAAAGCCAUAUGACCCAGCGGAUCCGAAGCCUAGACGAAACGAUAUCCGCAUCGUCGAGUCUCCUUAUGUGGCGCGAGAUCUCUUCCUGGCCCACGUCACGACGACAACGCCCGUGCUCGGUCACGCCCUCGAGAAUGAUCUCAACACUCUCAGGAUCAUCCACCCGAACAUCAUCGACACCGUCCUACUUUUCCCGCACAGACGAGGGUUACCACUUCGCCACGGCCUGCGCGCUCUGGCCAAGGAGAAGCUCGACAUUGACAUUCAACAAGCUGGCGCUGCCGGACACGACAGCUACGAGGACGCGAGGACGACUGGCGAGUUGAUCCGCUUCAAGGUAGCAGAAAAGUGGAAGCAGCUCAAGCAUGACGGCUGGGAGUUGCGUGAUGGUGGCGUCUUUCCACCGAUGCCGCCUGGUGCACCGCCUUCACAGGCCCCUGCUGCGCUGCCGAUGAUGCCGCCGGCUCCGAUGGCUAUCUUGGGAGCAAAGUCAGCCGGGAAGCGGAAACUCGACGAGGAGGAUGCGGCGGCAGCUACAGGCGAAGAGCCGCCUGCAAAGAAGCAUGACUUGAUCUUGGAAGACCAGUGAAGAGAUUGAGACAGAGACAUCUUGCUUGUUCAGAGGCUUGAAACCACUCACAGCAUGAUCGGUAUAUGGACGUGCAGCAUAGCAUGCGUAGCUGCGGGUAUCUCCGGCCUCCAAGGGCUCUACAUGCUCCUCUAGACAGCCUCGACA